AUGUUAUACCUUCCUUUUUUGUUUCUUAUUGUUUUGUGUGGCUUAAAUACCCAUGGUCCGAGGGCGAUUAUUUUCUCAGACUCUUACCCUCUGGACCACAGUCCUGUCGUUAUAGAGCUUCUUUUUGGCACUCUCUCUGUGCCAGUUGCUUUGUUGUCACUGUGCUCAACAUAG